AUGACUUCAUUGUUCAUGACAAAGCAACAAGAUUCAACCAUGCUUGACAUUGGUAAGCAUUGUUACAAGUGUCAAAAAUUGGAUUUUUUACCAUUUUCGUGCGAAUUUUGUGGUCAUAUUUAUUGUGAGGGUCAUAGAUCUUUACAAUCUCAUGGAUGUGAAGAUAAACGUCCUCAAAGACAAAUCGUUAAAGAUGGUAAACAUGUUGAUUCUAAAGAAUCAGUUGCUUCACUAUUCCCGAAUAGAAUUGAUGAUAUGAAGAAAGUAGAUCAAUCUUUACAAAAUGCAACGUUACAACCAACAAACAUCAUUACCAAACAAUUUAGAGUUGGUGAUGUAGCUAAAAGAACAACCAAUGCAUUUACUAAAUUUGCCAGAUAUCUCAAUGUUAAGACAGAUCAAGGGAAGGGAGUCAAGAAACCAAUAGUCUCUAAAACUGCAGAUAUCAUGACACUUCGUAAGAAUGCCAAGGGAGACAUCAAGGUGGCAACAAAUGAUCGGAUUUAUCUAUGGUGUAAAGCUGUCGAUGAUACAAAAUCACUGGUGGUACCGACAUCUGAAGAGCGUGGCCAUGCAGUGUACAUAUCGAAAAACUGGCCUGCUGGUAGAGCCUUGGAUAGCAUUGCCGAUACCUUACGGAUCAAGAACAAUAACAAUAGCACCGUUUCCAAUGAUGAACGGUUGAACAUGUUUUUAAUGACCAAUGGCGUCUCUACAGUGGUAGCCAAUAGCGAGAGAUGUAAUGUCAAGUUUAAGACUGGUGAUACGGUUUACUUGGUGAGAGGGACGCUAGAAUAG